CCAAACUCUUGGCUCAUAAUUCAAAGUUCUCUGCGUUUUUACAUUAGAAGCAAUUGAUGAAUGACAUCCCCAUUUGAGUUAACAACACAUUCUUUCUGGAUUUCUUCCCUUUAAACCAACCUACUGCUUUAAUUGUGUACCUCUAAUCUCUUCUCAUCCUGAAAAAUGUUUGGGUUUCUGACCAACAAGGGUUCCAAGCAAAAGUCAGUUGACCCUGGAUUUCCAGGUUCUGAAAAUUCUAACCCUUUGGAUUCUGAUACUGAAACAAAUAAUAAGCAAAACCAGAAAAUUGGGAGAACUUCUUCUGAACCCGUGCUCGGUGCUCCAAACUCCAAAUUACACCCUUUUGACGAUGAUGAUGGGAGAGGAGCAUCUUCCACAUAUUCUUCAUCGGCAGCUAGGAACAGACGUAAGAAUGGUCAUAGUGAUUCAGAAGACUUGGAUAGCAUGUCCAUGCAAGAACUGGAGAGUUAUGCUGUUAACAAGGCUGAGGAUACUACAAAAUCAGUAAACAACUGUCUGAGGAUUGCUGAGGAUAUUAGAGAGGACGCUACUAGGACCCUUGACACAUUGAAUCAGCAGGGUGAGCAAAUCCAAAGGACCCACAUGAUGGUUGCUGAUACGGACAAGGAUUUGAGCAAGGGUGAAAAGCUAUUGGGAAGUCUUGGGGGCAUGUUUUCUAUGACUUGGACGCCAAAGAAGACACGAGAUAUCACUGGGCCUGUCAUCACAAAAGAUGAUAAUGCUAAUGCCAAGGGAAAGAAAAACAAAGAGCAAAGGCAGAAGUUGGGCUUAGAUCCUGCACCAAAGGCACGGUCUGCUUCUCAAACGCCUUCCUCCGAACCAUCGACUGCCUUAGAGAAAGUAGAGGUGGAGAAGGCAAAGCAAGAUGAUGCUCUUUCGGAUCUAAGCGACAUCUUGGGUGAUCUGAAGGGCAUGGCUAUUGACAUGGGAACUGAACUUGAAAGGCAAAAUAAAGCCUUGGAUCAUCUUAGUGAUGACGUGGACGAGCUGAAUUCAAGAGUCAAAGGCGCCAACAAGCGAGCCACUCAUUUGCUUAAAAAGUGACGAGCCUUGAUCAUGAAGGAAGAACCCUUCUCUUCUCUUGUUGAAUUGUUAUACAAAAUUUUCCAACUUUUUUAUUGCCUUUGCUAUCUGUUGUCUUGCUGCUUAUAUAUCGCAU